CUAUUUUCAACAGAACCGCCAUUAGAGGCAUCAGAGGAAGAAGGGGGAGAGAGGAGCCUUCCUUCACGAAUCGUUGCCGGAGGAGCAAAGAAGUACUUAAAUCACUGUGCUGGUGCCGUUUGCAGGUCCCGGGAUAUGCUAUUGCUGGGUUAGGGCUAUUCACGUUCUAUGCAACUGUUGCUCCGACUCUGUAAAACCCUAGGUCUACAUUCUUCUCAUACCCCAAUCGGCAGAGAUUCGAAGAAGAAGCAAGUUCCAUGGGUCGUCCCGAGCCCUGCGUGCUCUUCUCUCAGACGUUCGUGCAUUCCCAGCUCGACGAGUACGUCGACGAGGUUAUAUUUGCUGAACCUGUUGUCAUCGCUGCUUGUGAAUUCCUUGAACAGAAUGCUUCUUCUACUUCUCCUGUGGUGACACUGAUGGGGGCAACUUCACCUCCAUCAUUUGCUUUGGAGGUUUUUGUUCAGUGUGAAGGGGAAACUAGGUUUAGGCGGCUCUGUCAGCCUUUUCUGUAUUCUCAUUCUUCAUCAAAUGUGCUUGAAGUUGAGGCUGUUGUAACUAAUCAUUUGGUUGUAAGAGGCAGCUACCGCAGCCUUAGCUUAGUCAUAUACGGGAACACAGCAGAAGACCUGGGGCAAUUCAACAUAGAAGUUGAUUUAGAUAGCUCCUUAACUGGCACUGUUUUUUCUAUUGAGGGAAAGCUUGAAGACUUACCACCUGCACUGCAUCCAACUAAUCUGACAAUUGAGGACUUGAUAUCUGCCCCUAAAGCAUUAUCACUAGAAGUUGGUGUAUCAGAUAUUUCCUUUGAGAUUAAGCAGUUAUUAGGGUUGGCAUUUAAGAUUUUACAGUUGCCAAACCUUGGAGAUGCAAUCAAUAAAGUUGUUAGUUCUGUUGUUUCAGUGGCUUCUUCUUGUGCCACUCAUAGUUAUUCCCCAGCAGUCUGUCAGAAACAAUCUUUGUUGGAAAGAUCUAGAACUUGUGAAGGACAGCUUCCUUAUGUUAUUACCGAGGCUAGAAAGCUGCUUGUGGACACUUACAACAGCCUUCAAUAUCAAUCAGGAGACCCUUCAGCUGAAUCCCUGUCAGACAGCCCGUUUCUUGAAUCUGAGGAUGAUUUGAUGAAUCCCAAGCAGUUGAUGGAUUUUCUAACUAAAUACUUCCCUUUUGAUAGGACUUCUGGAGAUCCUACAGAUCCUCAACUUCCAAAGGACAAGAGCGUCAUUCUGUGGUUAAGUGCUGCUCUUUUAUUUUGCUCUGGGAGGGAGAGCUGCUUUCACUUUGUUAAUAGUGGUGGCAUGGAGCAGCUUGAAUAUAUCUUAUGUCGCAACAUGCAUAAUUCUCGUGCCAUUACAUUAAUGUUACUUGGAGUCGUGGAGCAGGCUACUAGACAUUCAAUUGGUUGUGAAGGAUUCCUUGGUUGGUGGCCUCGUGAAGAUGAAAGUGUUCCAUCUAGUACCUCUGAAGGUUAUAAUCAAUUAUUGAAGUUGUUAUUGCAGAGACAAUCUCAUGAUAUUGCCUUGCUGGCAACUCAUAUACUCCAUCGUCUGCGUUUCUAUGAAGUUGCUUCCAGAUAUGAGUCUGCAGUGUUAUCUGUUCUUGAAAGUAUUUCGGCUGAUGGAAAUGUUAGUAGUUUCACUUUAGGCAAGCUUACAAGUGCCAAAUCCCAUCUCAAAACUCUUAUGAAAUUGAUAAGUUCACGUGGUCCAAUUGAAGAUCCUUCCCAACUUGCUCGUGCAAGCAGGUCCUUGCUUCUUGGCGAAACAGAAGGAGUGUUGUCAUACAAAGCAACUAAUAGCUUGAUUACUUCAUCAAAUUGUUGGUUUUCUAAUUGGGAUAUUGACUCACACCUGCUUUCUCUUCUCAAGGAAAGGGGCUUCUUCCCUUUGUCAGCUGCACUGUUAUCAUCUUCUGUUUUGCGAGCUCAAACCGGACAUGCCAUUGACACAUUUGUGGAUAUUGCAUCACAUCUUGAGGCCAUAACUCUUUCGCUUCUUUUCUGUCGUUCAGGAUUAAUCUUCCUUCUACUUCAUCCUGAACUCUCUGCUACUAUAAUUCUGGCUUUAAAGGGUGCAGAUUGUCAGAAGAAGGAAGAGCCUAUUCAACUUCAUUAUGCGUCUGUCCUGAUAUCCAAGGGUUUCUUUUGUCAUCUGGAGGAAAUUGGAAUGAUUGUUGAAACACAUUUGAGGGUGGUCAAUGCCAUUGAUUGUCUACUUGCAUCAGAUCCACAUGCUGAAGAAAUUUUAUGGGUGUUAUGGGAGCUUUGUGUUAUUUCUAGGACUCAUUGUGGGCGCCAGGCUUUGUUGGCUCUAGGGCAUUUUCCAGAGGCUAUUUCAAUUUUGAUAGCAGCAUUACAUUCUGCCAAGGAAUUGGAUUCAGUUACCUCAAAUAGCGGACAUCCACCACUAAAUCUGGCAGUAUUUCACUCAGCUGCUGAGAUUUUUGAAGUCAUUGUUACUGAUCUUACUGCAUCUUCCCUGGGUUCUUGGAUUGGAAAUGCUCCAGAACUUCACAAGGCUUUGCAUUCCUGUUCACCAGGGUCCAAUAGAAAGGAUGCUCCUACACGGCUUUUGGAGUGGAUAGAUGCUUGUAUAGUUUACCAUAGAAAAGGAGCAAUUGGUCUUUUACAGUAUGUGGCUGUGUUGGCUUCUGGAGGAGAUGCACAUAUUGCUUCUACAAGCAUUCUGUCAUCAGAUACAAUAGAUGCUGAGAAUAUUGUUGGAGAUUCUUCCACAAGUUCUGAUGCUAAUGUUGUUGAGAAUCUGCUUGGAAAGCCCAUUUCUGAAAAUAGCUAUCGUGCCACUGUUCUUCGUGACUCUUCUGUUGCUCAGCUGACAACUGCGUUUCGAAUUUUGGCAUUCAUUUCAGAGAAUUCGGCUGUUGCUGCUGCUCUGUAUGAUGAAGGUGCUGUAGUGGUUAUCCAUGCUGUUCUGAUUAACUGUACACUCAUGCUCGAGAGAUCCUCCAACAACUAUGAUUAUCUUGUUGAUGAGGGCACUGAAAGCAAUUCAACUUCUGAUUUACUGAUGGAACGCAAUCGUGAGCAGAGCCUAGUUGAUCUUCUGAUUCCUUCUCUGGUGUUGUUGAUUACACUCUUGCAAAGAUUGCAGGAAGCCAAAGAGCAGCACCGGAAUACAAAACUGAUGAAAGCCCUUCUACAAUUGCAUCGGGAAAUGAGCCCCAGGUUAGCUGCCUGUGCAGCAGAGUUAUCGUCUCCUUAUCCUGGUUCUGCACUUGGUUUUGAAGCUGUGUGCCAUCUUCUUGUUUCGGCACUUUCUUGUUGGCCUGUGUAUGGCUGGACUCCUGGCCUUUUCAGCUUUCUUGUUGACAGUCUUCAUGCUACUUCGUUGCUGGCUUUGGGUCCAAAGGAAGCAUGCAGUUUGCUUUGCCUUCUGAAUGAUCUAUUUCCUGAAGAAGGUUUCUGGCUUUGGAAGAAUGGAAUGCCCAUGUUGAGUGCUCUUAGAACAUUGGCUAUUGGGACAUUAUUAGGGCCUCAUAAGGAGAAACAGAUUAGUUGGUACUUGCAACCUGAACAUGGUGAGAAGCUAUUGAGCCAAUUCACACCACAAGUUGACAAAAUUGCACAGAUUAUUCUACACUGUGCUGUCAGUACGCUGGUAGUCCUACAAGAUAUGCUGCGAGUGUUUGUGAUCCGUAUUGCGUGUUUGAAUGCUCAUCUUGCUUGCAUACUUCUACGCCCCAUAAUAUUGUUUAUUGGUGAUCGGAUUUCUGAAUCAUCUUCAUUAUCGGACACAGAUGCAUACAAGGUUUACAGAUUGCUUGAUUUUCUUGCUACUCUAUUGGAGCAUCCACGUGCCAAGCCACUGUUAUUUAAGGAGGGUGCUGUUAAGAUGCUUAUUAAAGUGCUUGAGAAGUGUAUUUCUGUUGCUGAUACUGAUGGGAAGCAAUUCUCUGACAACCGUCUUAUUUCUAACUGUGGGUUUCCUCAACUAACUUGGUGUGUCCCUGCAUUCAAAUGCUUUUCGCUGAUCUGUGAUUCUCAGACAUCCAUGCAAUAUGUUGGAAUGCAGGACAGGCAUGAUUCUGAAAACUUGACGGCUGGAGAUUGUUCCCAGAUUUUGUCCUAUCUCCUUAAGCUAGGCAAGGUCCUACCGGUUGGGAGAGAAUUACAUGCUUGUUUAUCUACUUUUAAGGAAUUCUGUUCUUCCAGUGAGGGGCAAACUGCUUUGCUAUCUAUUUUCAUGCAUGCCCAAUCUUCUAGAACUGAGGAAUAUGAUUCUGAUGGUAGACAUGAAACCGAUGGAAAUCUAUUCAAUGCACUCGAAUGGAGGAAAUCACCCCCUCUACUAUGUUGCUGGAUAACAUUAUUAAGAUCUCUGGACUCAAAAGAUGUCAUCCCUGAUUUUGCUAUUGAAGCUGUUGGAGCAUUGUCUUCUGGUGCACUGCAGUUCUGCAUUGAUAGGAAAAGUUUGAACUUGGACAGGGUUGUUGCACUGAAAUUUUUAUUUGGGAUUCCUUAUGGUACUGGUGGAACUGAUGAUUUCCCUGAGGAUAACAUUAAAUAUAUAGAGGAUUUGACGGCUUCUCUGGGCUCUAAGAUAGGUGAUGAUAAAUAUCCAGCUAUUUCUGAUAUGGACUCAACUCUGUAUCAGGUUGAGAAGUCUGCAAAAUUAUUACUCUCGUUGUUGCAAAAUCCUCCUGGCUCAGUAAAAGCAGAUGACAUUAUUUCUAGCGCUUGUCCUUCUACAUCAAGCACUUUUCCAAUUUCUUUUAAGAUGCAUAAGAUAGCUGAUGGAAGUGCUGGAAAGGUUGAGGAUUACAACUUAGGUGGACUUGUGGAGAAAUAUCUCUGGGACUGUCCUGAAAAUUUGCGUGAUAGGCUGUCACAGAAUGCCCUUCCAUUGAAACGGAAAAUGCCCCCUGUGGAGGGUGCAAAUAGGCGUCCAAGAGGUGACAAUGCUCCCGCUGAGACUGCUGCCCAAACUGUAUUCUCUCGUGGAUCUGGUGGCUCUGCAGCUCCUUCUGGCCCUGUACGUAGGGAUACCUUCAGGCAGCGCAAGCCUAACACCAGUAGGCCCCCUUCUAUGCAUGUGGAUGAUUAUGUUGCUAGAGAAAGAAAUGUCGAUAGUAGUGGAAAUUCUAAUGUGAUUGCAGUACCCCGAGUGGGAUCUAGCAGUGGGAGACCUCCAUCUAUCCAUGUGGAUGAAUUUAUGGCUAGACAAAGGGAGCGCCAAAAUCAUCCUGUAGGAAUUGCAGUUGGUGGUGAUGUGGCACAAGUGAAAAAUACACCCACAAGUGACAUUGAUGCAGAUAAAGGUAAUAAAUCCAGGCAAUUAAAACCAGAUCUUGAUGAUGAUCUUCAAGGGAUAGAUAUAGUCUUUGAUGGCGAGGAGUCAGAAUCUGAUGAUAAAUUGCCCUUUCCCCAGCCAGAUGAUAAUCUUUCACAACCUGCAUCUGUUGCACUAGAGCAAAAUUCACCUCAUUCAAUAGUUGAAGAGACAGAGAGUGAUGUAAAUGAAAGUAGUCAGUUUUCUCACUUGGCUAAUGUGGGUGAAAACACUCAGAGUGAGUUUUCUUCAAGGAUGUCAGUUUCACGUCCUGAGAUUCCAUUGCAUCGGGAGCCAAGUGUUUCUUCAGGUAGAAAAUAUCUUGAGCAGUCUGAUGAUUCGAAGAAUGCUCCAAUCAAGACCUGUUGUGGGUUUGAUUCUGACGUAGUGUCAAGUAGUUCUGGCUAUUCUGCUGCAGCUUUUGGUAAAACUUCUGCACCAUCUGUAAAAUUACCAAUUGACUCUAGGAUACCUCCACACUUGCAUUCGAAGAAAGGUCUUCAGCAAACUGGUAAUGUACCAUUAGCUACUGGUUCCCAGGGAUUGUAUGAUCAGAAAUUUCAACCACCUUUGCCUCCAAUGCCGCCGCCACCAACAAUCUCACGUGUACCAUCUCAACCCCUGGAUCCUGUACCCAGUCAGUCAUCUCCCUUUAUGAACUCUAUGGCAGACGUGCAGGGACCAUCACCAUCGGUAUUUCAUGUCCAGACAGACUAUCUAUCUACAUUGAGCAACAAUUCUGCUUCUCUGUUAUCUUCCAGUCUUAUGCCAGAUUCCAAGUAUGGUCGAACUUCGAUCUCUUCAGCUGGUGGAUUUUCCAGGCCUCCCCCACCACUCCCUCCUACACCGCCGCCUUAUCUGUCCUCCAUGACAUCUUUGAAAUCUUCAACAUCACAAUCGUCUGGUUACAGUCAAACUGGUAUUGGAACUAGUGAGCUUCUUCAGACCUCUACUGCGCCUUUAAAUGACCCUCGUUUGGGCAACAUUUCUGCAUCAGGGGCCAUGCUAACUUCUUAUCCACCACCUCCACUAAUGCCACCCUUGCUUUUCAGUAGGCCAACUUCAAUACCCUUGAAUAUUUAUGGAAGUAGCCCAACACCACAUCAGGGGGAAAACACUGCUAGUAUCUCACAGAAUCUUCCUGUACCUUUACCUUCCAUUCAAUCCAUACAAUCUAUUGCUCAAUUGCAGCCAUUGCAACCACCACAAAUUCUUCGUCCUUCUCAACUGCCUCAGCAUGUCAGACCACCUAUCCCUGCUUCACCACAAUCGGAGCAAGGUGUGUCUUUGAUGCAGAGCCCUGUUCAGAUGCAAUUGCAGCCAUUGCAGAUGCUGCAACAACCUCAAGUUUCUCCUCUUCAUGUAUUUUAUCAGCAGCCACAACAUGAAGGCUUUUCACAUUCACAGCAGCAGCGUCAGCAAGUUGAACAAAGUCAAGUGCAAAUUCUACAACAGGAAGGUGAUGGUGCAUCCCAGCAGCCAGAUUCUGGAAUGUCAUUACAGGAUUACUUUAGUUCUCCGGAGGCUAUUCAGUCUCUCUUGAGUGACCGGGAUAAACUUUGCCAGCUUUUAGAGCAACACCCAAAAUUAAUGCAGAUGCUUCAGGAACGGUUGGGCCAACUGUAACUACUUUAUGUUGACCCGACGCUGUAUCCUUGGCUUGAUCUGCCUACUUGAGCCUUCGCAGAUAAAGCUAUGGCCAAGAUUUGUUCGAUUCUUGCUGAUUCUUAUAACAGGUUGUAUCAACCACAGCUCUGCUUGAUGGAACUCGUGGAGCCUGUUCAGAUCACUUCACAUUUGGAGUCAACCAAAUGGUGGGUGGUGUCGACCAUAGCCACUUGUUUCAGUAUUGGUGUUACGUUUUUUAUGAUUGGUCCGGCAUUGGUGAAUGCUGGGGAGGGCACCAUGUAAUGUACACUAAGAUUUUGUUAGUAUGGCUGUAUAUUUUCCCAUGGAAUUGUAAGUAAAUUGUUACACGUGCAUCGAGGGCUGAUCGGUUCCUCAAACUUUGUUGUGUAUUUUGAUUAACUGGCAAUUCUUGAACUACCAUGCAGUAUUCAGUGGCUUAUUUCAGAAGCAAGAAAGGAAUAGAAAAUUUGAAGGAUCCCAUGAUCCAAGAAGCUUGCAUUCCAAAGGGACAUUCCAUCUUACGUUGAGAGUGCAUUUUUAUAAAAUAGUUUGCAUUGGACUUUGGAGGCCGCAGUGUCUGGGUGUUGAGUUUGCUGCUUCUAAUCUUCUAUUUGUAAUUUAUUUUAAUAACAUAGAUAGCUAUGUGUGAAUUUAGUGGGUUCAUUAAUUAACCUAAUAAAGUGACACUUUAUGUUUCA